CGCCACUUCUGAGCAUUGAUGAAGUGGCAAGCGAGAUGAGUUCCAGCAACAAAGACGGUUACAAGACGCCGCGGAAGGAGAACCUCAUGUCCAUUGAGAACCUGACCAAUUCAGAGGAGGAAUCCGGGGACUUGAACACGGCAAUGGUUGGCAAUGCAGUGGAAUCUCAGCCCAAGGUCACCAGUCGGCGUUCCACCCGACGUCCAAGUCCCACCAAGAAAUACCAGGCGUACCAGAAGGAAACCAAUGGAAAAGACCAGGAGGAGCGUAUUGUUGUGAAUUAUGUGGAAAUGUCCGAUGAACGGAGCAGCGAUGCGGAGGAUCAGGAACAAGAAGAAAGCAUCGAGGAGUCGGAGAAUGCUGCCCGUCCCACUGCCAAGGACCUGCAUCUCAUCCAAUCCGAGUACAAUGUGGCCGGCACCAGCAUGUUUGGCUUCAAUACGCCCAAGAAACGCGAUGCCAUGGCACUAGCCGCCCUAAAUGCCACGCCCUGCACGCCCAAGACCCCGAAAACGCCGCGUUUGGGUGUCAAGACGCCGGAUACGAAGCGCAAGAAGUCCACGGAUCAGCCAAAGACUCCCGCCCAUGUGCGCACCCGCGUCAAGAAUCAAAUCGCCAAAAUAGUAGCCGACUCAGAUGAGGAUUUUUCUGGAGAGGAAAGCGACUUCCGGCCCAGUGACGAGGAAUCCUCCUCCAGCAGCAGUAGCAGCGAUGCAGGCAACUCUUCCGACAACGACGCCGCCGAUGAUGAGCCCAAAACACCCAGUAGAGCCCGCCGUGUCAUUGUAGUUCCUGUUCUGCCGAAAACUCCAUCGGCAGCCCGACUGCGACAAUCGGCGAGGGCCAAAAAAUCGAAUGAGUUUGUGCCCGAGAGCGAUGGUUACUUUCACUCGCAUGCCAGCAGCAAGAUUCUCACUUCGGAUCACACCUUGGAUCGCCUAAAGAAUCCUCGUCUGGCCGCCGAUCGUGUUUUCAGUUUGCUGUCGGAAAUCAAGCUAUCGGCGGAGCAUGAGAGUUCAAUUAAUGCCAUAAUGGAGGAGUAUCGUUCGUACUUUCCCAAGUGGAUGUGCAUUCUGAAUGAGGGCUUCAAUAUACUCCUAUAUGGAUUGGGCUCUAAGCGCCAGCUCCUGCAGUCAUUCCAUCGGGAAGUUUUGCAAAAGCAAACGGUGCUGGUGGUGAAUGGCUUCUUUCCCAGUCUGACCAUCAAGGAUAUGCUGGAUAGCAUCACAAGCGACAUAUUGGAUGCGGGCAUUAGCCCGGCUAAUCCACACGAAGCAGUGGAUAUGAUCGAGGAGGAGUUCGCAUUGAUACCAGAAACUCAUUUGUUCUUAAUCGUCCAUAAUCUGGAUGGAGCCAUGCUUCGCAAUGUGAAGGCACAGGCGAUUCUUUCGCGCCUGGCGCGCGUACCGAACAUUCAUCUACUGGCCUCCAUUGAUCACAUAAAUACCCCACUGUUGUGGGACCAGGGAAAGCUGAGCAGCUUCAACUUCUCGUGGUGGGACUGCACAACAAUGCUGCCGUAUACGAACGAAACUGCGUUCGAGAACUCGCUGCUGGUGCAGAAUUCCGGCGAAUUGGCCCUCUCCUCGAUGCGCAGUGUCUUCUCAUCGCUAACGACCAAUUCGCGUGGCAUUUACAUGCUGAUUGUCAAGUAUCAAUUGAAGAACAAGGGCAACGCCACGUACCAGGGCAUGCCGUUCAGGGAUCUCUAUUCGAGUUGUCGCGAAGCCUUUUUGGUCAGCUCAGAUCUGGCACUGCGUGCCCAGCUCACCGAGUUCCUCGACCACAAGCUGGUCAAAUCGAAACGGAGCGUUGAUGGCUCCGAACAGCUAACCAUUCCCAUUGAUGGCGCACUGCUGCAGCAGUUCCUCGAGGAGCAGGAGAAGAAAUAGGCCAAUCGGCGUAAUUUUAGAACAUAUUAAUUUAUUAUCUAAUAUUGUUAAAUACAAUUACAAUUUCGCUUUUUAAAAA